AUGAAAUUAAUUUCUUAAUUAUUCAGUCAAAAAUUUGUAAAAUGCCAAGAAUAACUUUCAGGAAUAGACAACCCUGAAAAUUUCGCUCAUUUAGACGGUCAAUAUAGGGUUGAGGAUGAAGAAUCGACAGAAUAACUUGGACUUGACCCUAGAGUAAAUUCUAGAAAACCUCCCCAAUUCUAAAGUCUUUUAAACAAUGUAAGAGCAAUAACUAAAAAAGUAGAACAUAUUAAAGGCUUUAAAUUUGAAUAUGCAAGCGCACUCUCAUAAAAUUUCCAUUUUGCUUUAAUUUGGAAUAUCCCAUAUUCUUCUGCCGGAGAUUAAGCCUAAGAACCAAAAGGAAAUCCUAUGAUGGCAAUGUAAAAACCUCCUGCAACUUCUAAUUGUUGUUUAUAAGUUUAAUAUGUAGGUGGUGAAUAUAUUGAUUUAUAAUAAGGAAAACCCAAAUUUAUAUUAACUGGGAGAAUGGAUUCAGAUGGAAAAUUAGAUGCUGCUAUAAUAAAAUAAUUAAGUAAAAAUUGGAAUUUUACUUUCGCUUCUAAUUUCCCUUUUGGUUCUGAUACUAGUGUUUCUUAAGUUAAUGUAGAUUUAAAUUAUGAAGAUAAUAAUAGUAUUACUAGUUUUAAAUAUACAACCGGUGCUUUAGGAUUUGGACAUAUGUAAACUAUAGGAAAUAGACUUUUUGCUGGUUUCGAAACACUUUUUGGUUUAUAAUAAAGUACUAUUUUUAUGAGUUAUGGUGCCAAAUAUGUGCAUAAAAGUCAUAGUAUUAUUGCCUAACAUGUUGCUGGUUAAGGUUAGAGUAUUUUGGGUUAUUAAUUUGCAGUUAAAAGAGGUACUUUUAUUGUUAGUGAGCUUUGCUAUAAUACAAGAGAAAACUUUACUGAAACUAUCUUAGUAUUUUUUAUUUUUAUUUUAAAUAAAAAAUAUAUAGGGAUUUAGAUAAAGAUUUAGUACUUCUGAAAUUAAAGCUACUUUAAGCUCUAAAGGUAAAAUUUCUACUGCAAUGCAUUUCCAUGGUAUGGCUUAUGCUUUAAAAUUAUGUGCUGUAGCUGAUUAUUUCAAAGAAUCUUACAAAUUUGGUUAUGGAAUAUAACUUGGAUAAGUAUAAUGAUUUCUAUAUUUUUUAGCUCUUUUUCUUUUCCUUUUUUAUUUUUUUUUUAUUAUAAAUUAUUUAUAUUGAAAGAUGAGCA